AAAGGCUCCCCGCCUUUUCCACUUUCCCCAACGCUCCCCUUAUCUCCUCCUUCCUGGCGUCCGCGCAACCAACCACGCGCGCGCGCGCUCCGCUAGCCAGCCAGCUCGUUCUCUCUAUCUCUAUCUAUCUAUCUGUCUGUCUGUCUCAGCUAGAGCUCGAGGCAGCAUCAUCAGAGCUUGCUUGCUCGCAUGCUAGCUUGCCGUCGUCCUGCGUUGGUCCUUGCUGGGUCGUCUUGUGUUCAUUUCUCAUCGUCGGAGAGAAGAGGGAGUAUAGCUAGCUAGCUAGCUAGGAGGGGAGGUGCGUGGUGGUCCGUAUAUAUACAUGCGCAUGGAGGGGGCCGGAGGAGGCGCAGGCGGAGGCGGCGCCGGCGCUGGAGGGUGCCUGGGUAUGGGCCACGGCGGGGAGGCGCAGAUCAAGGGCACGCACACGCACGGCGGCCGCUACGUGCAGUACAACGUGUACGGAAACCUCCUGGAGGUCUCCGCCAAGUACGUCCCGCCCAUCCGCCCCGUCGGCCGCGGCGCCUGCGGCAUCAUCUGUGCUGCUGUGAACGCGCAGACUCGCGAGGAGGUCGCCAUCAAGAAGAUCGGCAACGCGUUUGACAACCAGAUCGACGCCAAGCGCACUCUCCGAGAAAUCAAGCUGCUUAGGCACAUGAAUCAUGAAAAUGUCAUUUCAAUAAAGGACAUCAUACGCCCGCCCAGGAGGGAGAACUUCAACGACGUCUACAUCGUCUACGAGCUGAUGGACACUGACCUUCACCACCUCCUACGGUCAAACCAGCAACUAACCGACGACCACUGCCAGUACUUCGUGUACCAGCUGCUCCGCGGGCUCAAGUACGUGCACUCGGCGAACGUCCUGCACAGGGACCUGAGGCCGAGCAACAUGCUGCUGAACGCCAAGUGCGACCUGAAGAUCGGGGACUUCGGGCUGGCGAGGACCACGACGGAGACCGACUUCAUGAUGGAGUACGUCGUCACGCGGUGGUACAGGGCGCCUGAGCUCCUGCUCAACUGCUCCGAGUACACCCAGGCCAUCGACAUGUGGUCCGUGGGCUGCAUCUUCGGCGAGAUGGUCACCAGAGAGCCCCUGUUUCCUGGCAAGGAUUAUGUCCACCAGCUGAGGCUGAUAACCGAGCUGGUAGGCUCACCUGACGACACCAGCCUCGGGUUCCUCCGGAGCGACCACGCCCGCAGAUACGUGAGGUCCCUGCCUCAGCAUCCCAAGCAACAGUUCCGCGUGCGGUUCCCCACCAUGUCUAGCGGCGCCAUGGACUUGCUUGAGAGGAUGCUCGUGUUCGAUCCCAGCAAGAGGAUUACUGUUGAUGAGGCUCUGUGCCACCCAUACCUGGCGUCCCUUCACGAGGUAAACGACGAGCCCAUCUGUCCGGCGCCUUUCAGCUUCGACUUCGAGCAGCCAUCGCUCACCGAAGAAGCUAUAAAGGAGCUCAUCUGGAAGGAGUCUCUCAAGUUCAACCCUGACCCGAUCCACUAAAUAUAAUAGCUCCCUCCCAGCUGUGUACACACGAGCAAACUAGGACGGCAUGUCUAUCAGCUAGCUCCAUGGGGGGCGAAAGGCAUAUAUAGCAGGAUGACUGUACAAGUGACCACCCCUCAUCAUCAUCACCUUCAUCUCAUUCGCAUGGCUUGUCAAUGGUGCGACACCCUAACGUCCAAGUCUGGUCAAUAAUUUGUAGUGGAGAAAACUGGCAGCGCCUUGUUAGGUUGUGUCUAUCUUCCUUCGUUUGUAUGCUUAAGAAGCUUGUCACUGCCUGUGAACCAUGGUACUACUGCAGUUGUCCA